CCAAGAUGGCGUCCUCGCGACACCCGCCCGGCCACCUCCGCGAGGGAAUAUUCCCACGCCUUCCUUCCGUCUCCCUCGCGGGCCGGCCGAUUCGCCGGGAACAACGCGGACCUCAAGGCCCUUGAGGCGCCAGGGGAUCUCAGUGGCCCUCGCCCCGCCCCAAGGCCAACCCCAGUGGGCUUCGACGCGCGGCAGCAGCCCUCCCCCCUCCGGCGCCCCGCCUCCCCGGGUCUCGCGCCCCGUGCCGGCGUCGGCGCCUUUUGACGCCAUAGUGGGCGUGUCGGCGCGACCCGCGACGUCGCGACGCGCCGACAAUGGCGGCUGCGUCGGCCUGAGCAGGGCUUAGUUUACAAGUAAUAUCCUGACGUUGCCGAGGGAGCCGCAGUCGCUUCAGACCCGGUCGGCGGCGGCGGCGGCGCCGCGCCUGCGCGCUCCCGCAGCGCCCUGGACCUAGCGGCGGUGCCGAGGUCCGGCAGAGCAAGCCAGCUCCAGCGUCAUUUCGGCCUCUUAGUUCUUCUGAACCCUUCUCCUGAGCUGGGUAGGAAACAUGAGCGGCAGCAACUUGGAUGGGAACGAUGAGUUUGAUGAGCAGUUGCGAAUGCAAGAAUUGUACGGAGACGGCAAGGAUGGUGACACCCAGACCGAUGCCGGCGGAGAAACCGAUUCUCUCGGGCAGCAGCCGACGGACACCCCCUACGAGUGGGACCUGGACAAGAAGGCUUGGUUCCCCAAGAUCACUGAAGAUUUCAUUGCUACAUAUCAGGCCAAUUAUGGCUUCUCUAAUGAUGGCGCAUCUAGUUCUACCGCAAAUGUUGAAGAUGUCCAUGCUAGAACUGCAGAGGAACCUCCACAAGAAAAAGCCCCAGAACCCACUGAUCCCAGAAAGAAGGGAGAAAAAAGAAAGGCUGAGUCAGGAUGGUUUCAUGUUGAAGAAGACAGAAAUACAAAUGUAUAUGUGUCUGGUUUGCCUCCAGAUAUAACAGUGGAUGAAUUUAUACAACUUAUGUCCAAGUUUGGCAUUAUUAUGAGAGAUCCUCAGACAGAGGAAUUUAAGGUCAAACUUUACAAAGAUAAUCAAGGAAAUCUUAAAGGAGACGGUCUUUGCUGUUAUUUGAAGAGAGAAUCUGUGGAACUUGCAUUAAAACUUUUGGAUGAAGAUGAAAUUAGAGGCUACAAAUUACAUGUUGAGGUGGCAAAGUUUCAACUGAAGGGAGAAUAUGAUGCCUCAAAGAAGAAGAAGAAGUGCAAAGACUAUAAGAAGAAGCUGUCUAUGCAACAAAAGCAGUUGGAUUGGAGACCUGAGAGGCAAGCCGGACCAUCCCGGAUGCGCCACGAGCGAGUUGUCAUCAUCAAGAAUAUGUUUCAUCCUAUGGAUUUUGAGGAUGAUCCGUUGGUGCUGAAUGAGAUCAGAGAAGACCUUCGAGUAGAGUGUUCGAAGUUUGGACAAAUUAGGAAGCUCCUUCUCUUUGAUAGGCACCCAGAUGGUGUGGCCUCUGUGUCCUUUCGGGAUCCAGAGGAAGCUGAUUAUUGUAUUCAGACUCUGGAUGGAAGAUGGUUUGGUGGCCGUCAAAUAACUGCCCAGGCAUGGGAUGGGACUACAGAUUAUCAGGUGGAGGAAACCUCAAGAGAAAGGGAGGAAAGGCUGAGAGGAUGGGAGGCUUUCCUCAAUGCUCCCGAGGCCAACAGAGGCCUUAGGCGUUCAGAUUCUGUCUCUGCUUCCGAAAGGGCAGGGCCUUCUAGAGCAAGGCAUUUUUCAGAGCACCCCAGCACAUCUAAAAUGAAUGCUCAAGAAACUGCAACUGGAAUGGCGUUUGAAGAACCUAUAGAUGAGAAGAAGUUUGAAAAGACAGAAGAUGGGGGAGAAUUUGAAGAAGGUGCUUUUGGAAACAAUGCUAAAGAAAGUAGCCCCAAAAAAGAGGCCGAAGAAGGCUUCCCUGCAAAAGAAUCUGAAGAGGGCUGCCCUAAAAGAGGGUUUGAAGGUGGUUGCCCCCAAAAAGAGUCUGAAGAAGGCAAUCUCAUAAGAGGAUCUGAAGAGGGUAGUCCUAAAAAAGAGUCUAAAAAGAAGGCACUCAAAAAUGAUUGUGAAGAGAAUGGCCUCGCAAAGGAAUCUGAAGAUGACCCCAACAAGGAGUCUGAAGAGGAGGCUGGCCCCACAAAAGAGUCCGAAGAAGAUGACUCAGAGAAGGAGUCUGACGAAGACUGCUCUGAAAAACAGUCUGAAGAUGGCUCCGAAAGAGAAUUUGAAGAAAAUGGUCUCGAGAAAGAUUUGGAUGAGGAAGGAUCUGAAAAAGAGCUUCAUGAAAAUGUUCUUGACAAAGAGUUAGAGGAAAAUGACUCCGAAAACUCCGAAUUUGAAGAUGACGGCUCUGAAAAAGUGUUAGAUGAGGAAGGCUCUGAGAGAGAGUUUGACGAAGAUUCAGAUGAAAAGGAAGAAGAGGAGGAUACAUAUGAAAAAGUUUUUGAUGAUGAGUCCGAUGAGAAAGAAGAUGAAGAAUAUGCAGAUGAAAAGGGGCUUGAAGCUGCUGGUAAAAAGGAGGAAGAAGGUGAUGCAGAUGAAAAGCUGUUUGAAGAGUCAGAUGAAAAGGAAGAUGAAGAUGCAGAUGGAAAGGAAGUUGAAGAUGCUGAUGAAAAGUUGUUCGAAGAUGAUGAUUCCAAUGAGAAAUUGUUUGAUGAGGAGGAAGAUUCCAGUGAGAAGUUGUUUGAUGAGGAGGAAGAUUCCAAUGAGAAUUUUGAUGAUUCUGAUGAGAGGGGGCCUUUGGGUUGUUUUGGGAAUAUUGAAGAAGGGCCCCUAUCCACUGGCAGCAGCUUUAUUCUCAGUAGCGAUGAUGAUGAUGAUAUUUAAUCCCUUAAACUUGCUUUUUAGGGAGAGUCCUCCAUCUACAUUUGCCUGUGCUUCAGGGUAAUUACUAGUAGUGUUACAUGAACAUGUGCAUAGUGGUAGGAUGCCAUCAGAUUAAAGCAUUGAAGUUUUUCAUUGUUACCUGUACCUAAUGGUUUUAAAUAUAUGUUAAUUGAUUGUUUAGUUAAAAUGUCAUAGUUACAAUGCAAGUAAACUGGAUACUUGUUCUUUUGUCAGAUUUGUUAAAUGCAUGCAGAAUAAUAUUUUUAAAAGCAUUGAAGUUUGUGAUAUUCAUCAAUAAAAAUAAGUUGAUAAUAUGCAGAAACUGAAAAUUGGACUUGAGGUAAAUUGCAUUGUAAAUUCUUGAUACUGCUUUAUUUAUACUGACGGUUGGCUUUUCUGAGGACUUGAAGAAUCCCUUUGGAGUCUCCUUGCUUCCCGCUGGUAGUAGCACAUAUGUCUCCAUUUCCUCUCUAUAAACCAGAACAUGUUCCUAAACUCAGAAAACAACCCUCUGGAUUUGCUUUUUCUGCCCAGCCCUUGCAAAUUAACUCUUGUUUGUUGUCUACCCUCUUUCCAUUAAAAUUGACUCUCAGAUGUGCAAAAGUGAA